GUGGGGAGUGUUCAGCAGAUCCACAAGUGAGACUAUCACUGAAUUCUUCACAACCAGCAGAAACAUUAUCUCACGGCAAUCAUGAUAAUGAUGAAACUCUGGACCCUCCUUCUUGCAUAUGCACUAAUCAUUUGUCAGAUGUACGUCUCACAGGCAGCUCCAUCCAGAACUAGUAAGGAGUUAAUGUCAGAUGGAGUCACACUAUCGAAUGAUGAUGCCCAAAAGUUACUCAGAGCUAUCAAGGAAUUCUUGCAAAUAACUUCAGAUGACCAGGACCACCAAUCACCUGACGAAAACAGUAAUGCAACAGCACAGAAGCGGGGAUGCAACACGUCAACCUGUGUUACCCACCGCUUGGCUGACUUCCUGAGUCGGUCAGGAGGACUGGGAUACAACAACUACGUUCCCACCAACGUGGGGGCCCAGGCGUUUGGUAGACGAAAGCGACGCGGCCCUGUUUGAGCACAAGAGCAGCCACACGGACCAAGUGCCUCCUCCAAGGGAGUAGCAACUGCAUCAUCAUCUACCUGCAAACACUAAAACUAGAACUUAUAUACAGUAUUCUUCAUAAAACAUAGACUGAUCUCUUGCUUUCAGAAAGUUAUAGUCAAGUAAUGGAUUCAUUAUUGUCUGUGCUUAAAAAAGCUGAGAAAUAUCUUAACAUUAAUGUUGCUGACAAGAUUUAUUUUCUGCCAAGGAGGAAAAUGGAUUUUCUCUUGUCUUGGCUUUUUGGCUCAAUUGGUCGUAGGAUCUGUAUCUGCAGUAUGGUUUUUCAAACUGAAUGUCUUCUAUCAAAACCUUUAACAACUGUGGCUGUCCUGUUCCUUGAUGUAUACACAUUGUUAGAUUUCAUUGUUGAACAAAACACUAGUGUGAAAAUGUCCUUAUUAUUCUAAAUAUUGUAAUAAUUGUGAAAUGAAAGCAGGAAUAAAUUGUAUUUUAGCUACAUUAGUCUUUCAUGGCUGACUGUGUUUUUGUUUGAUUUAGUGAUAAAAGCAGUUACACAUACUGCUGCUAAGCUGGUAACAUAUAUCAUUUCAAAAAGUUCAUAUAAACUAUGCUAUUCAUCACAUUGAUUUGUCACUGAAAUAAAGAGGAGACAUUGUAUUGACAAUGCAUAAAUAAUUGGAUCAUCU